UCCUGCUGCGCUAGCUACUGAUAAAGCUUUCAGACCGAAAUGGAAAUUGUUCCGAUUAAGUCCCCUGACAGAUCAGUUGCUUUUGUUUUUGGUCAUUAAAUGUUUUUUUUUUAUUGGAGGAUUUAAAAUUAUAAUUGUAAGAAAAGUGCAAAAGAGAGGCUAUAAUAAGGCUGUAAACAUAAACUGCCUCUAACGGUCUCAUUGCCCUGUUCCAAGCAGAGUAAUACCUGCAACUUAUUAGUAGCUGAAGCUAGAGCUCUUUGUUCUCCCGGAGAUUAUAUCCAAGAAACGUAAGAAAAGGGAAAGCUACGAGAUGAAGAGCAUCAGGAACUCAUCUGUUCGAUUUUUUCUUUUUGUUGUAGUAGCUGUCUUCAUUACAUUUGCCAUGAUUUCUGUAGAGGCAAGAAAGCAUCACAGCAACAGAAAUAAACCUCACAAGCACCUUAAAGACAAGGGCAGCAAUGGCCACAAUGCUCCAGACCCAGCUACAAAUAUUCCAGGCCCUGCCCCAGCCCCUCUUCCUUACUAUGGUUCUUAUCCUACACAUUCCAUCAUUUUUGACGUUUUGUCAUUUGGAGCCAAGGGUGAUGGAGUCUCAGAUGAUUCAAAGGCACUUUUAGCAGCAUGGAAAGCUGCGUGCAAGGUAUCUGGGGCUGUAGUGGAAAUCCCGGCGGAAUUCAAGUUCCUCAUCAAGCCCAUAACUCUCCAAGGUCCAUGCAUGCCUCACCUUGUACUUGAGGUAGAUGGCAUUCUCUUAGCUCCACCUCAAGUAGGUGCCUGGCCUAAAUCCGGCUUGUUUCAGUGGCUAAACUUCAAAUGGGUUCAUGACUUCACCAUUCAAGGCACUGGAAAACUUGAUGGUCAAGGAUCUGCCUGGUGGAGUCCCUCUGGAGUCUACUAUAUUCAGAAGAGGUCCAAACACAAUCCAGAUAUGAAAGUACCAACCGCUUUGAGAUUCUAUGACAGCCAUAAUGUUACAGUUCGCGACAUCAAAAUCAUGAACAGCCCUCAAUGCCAUCUCAAAUUUGACAGCUCGAGUGGGAUCAAAGUCAAUAAUAUCACGAUUGAUUCACCAGAGAAUAGUCCAAAUACUGACGGCAUUCACCUGCAGAAUACAAAAGAUGUAGAAAUUCAGCACUCUAAUAUUGGAUGCGGGGAUGACUGUGUAUCAAUACAAACUGGUUGCUCUAAUAUCCAUGUCCAUCACAUUAACUGUGGACCUGGACAUGGUAUAAGUCUAGGAGGACUUGGAAAGGAUAAAAGUGUUGCCUGUGUCUCGGAUAUUGUUGUCGAGAAAAUCUCACUACAAAAUACUUUGUCCGGAGUUAGAAUAAAGACAUGGCAGGGAGGUGUUGGAUCGGUAAAGAACGUGACAUUUUCCAGUAUUGAAGUAUCAGAUGUGAAGUAUCCUGUAAUAAUUGACCAGUUCUAUUGUGACAAGAAAAUCUGCAAGAAUCAAACAGAAGCUGUGGCAAUAUCUGGUGUUAAAUAUGACAGAAUCAUAGGGAGUUACUCAGUGCAACCCCUUCAUCUUGCAUGUAGCAAUGACGUGCCUUGCACCGAUGUUGAUCUGAUUGAUAUUCAGUUGAAGCCCAGCUCCAAUGGCUUUCGAGGUUUUCGGCAGGCUCUGUGCUGGAACUCCUAUGGGAAAUCACAAGCACCCCUUCUUCCUUCAAGCAUAGACUAUUGCUUGAGAACCGAGAGUAGGUCUGUUAAGAGAAUAGCAAGGUCGCAUACUGAACAUAUUUGUCCGCCAUGAGCACUGAUAAUUAUCACAUUUGUUAGCCUUUUUUUUUUUUCUUGCUUUUUGUGUAGGAAUAAUUAAAAGUAUGGUAAUGAGUAUUUUUUAAAA